GGAAAGAAAGGGAGGAGCUGGCUGGGAAACUUGGCUAGAGUGCCCCCGAGCGGCUCUCCCCUGUCAAGCCACAGUAGCGACACCGGAAAGCGGUAAAUCUAGAGAACUGAAGUGAGAGACGGGAGGAAGAGAAGAAAUACGGCUGCUUAUGUUCGUUUGAAUUUCCAUGACCUCGGGCAAGCCAAUCAAUCUUUCCCAGCCGGGUCUAUAUGACCAGCGAUGCUAAAAAUGCCGUGCGGAGCAAGGGCUGCUAGCAAAGACAGCUGUUGCUAAGCUGCCUCUUCAGUAGCCACCGCGAGAAACUAUCGGCCAAUGGGAAGCCCGCUGCUUCUCCGCCCUUCUGCUCCCCUUCAAAAGCCAGGGAUGGCCACAGCUGCAAAGUCUCAAUAAGGAACCACGUUGUUGGUUCUGAACAAACCCGGCGAUCGGUCGUUGGCUCGAAGGAGUGGUGCGGGCAGAUCCAGUGUGUUUUCCAAGAGGAAAGAUGGACAUUGAACGCCAUACAGAAACGAACCCUCUUGAUUCUUCUGUGCCUAAUGGGCACCCAGGACAGCAAAACAAUGCAGCACACAACAAAUGCUUGUCAUAUAAAGCCGUGGCUGCCAUAGCUGCCAUUUCUGUGCUUUUAAAUAUCGUCUUCAUUGGAGUUGUGUCAGUUCUAGCAGGACAAACGUCUGAGCAGCCAAGCACACCAUGCCCUUCGUCAUGCCCUUCUAGCUGGAUUGAGUAUGAUGGAGUCUGCUAUUAUUUUUCAAAAGGAGAAAGGAACUGGACCUCCAGCCAGCACUUCUGCUCUUUAUAUAAUGCAUUGCUGGCUCGGAUUGAAAGUAAAGAAAAGGAUGCUGUGAUGGAUUACAAAAGAAAAGAGCCCUAUUGGAUUGGCCUCACGAGAAAUUCAGGACAACCCUGGAGAUGGCUAAAUGGAGGCAAUGUAACGUUGCAAUUCCUGGGAGACGGAGAAAAUUGUGCGUAUUUGAAUGAUGAAGGUAAAGCCAGCAUCUCAAGAUGCAGCAUAGAACAUCGUUGGAUCUGCAGUGUAGAAAAAUCCAGAUGGGAUAUGAGAGAACCUGUUCUGUUAUAUUGAAACACUAGAAAUAGAGCCAGUUAAACAAGACUUUGAACAUAAAUGACAACAAAAAAUGCAAUGGUUUACUUAUCUUCAACUUUCUCACAUGAUGUAUCAAAUUGGAAUUAAACAAAUCCUUAGUGACCCUAUGGCAGAAUCUGAACAGCUCUUAAAUCAAACAGAUUGGACGCAAAAAGGUUUGAUAUCCAAACUUUAUCAUUUGCUUCUUAAUACCUUUGAAUUAAAACCUCAGAGAUAUCAAUUAGACUGGCAAACUGAUUGUGGAUCUGUAAUUCCCCCAGACCAAUGGAAGAAAAUUUGGUCUUCUAAUAUAAGAGAUUCUCGCAUCAUAAACAACAGAAUUCAAGCUUAUAAAAUUAUCCACAGAUGUUAUUUAACACCAAAGAGACUUUCAUUAUUUUCACAA